UUCGACGAAUCUCUGCUGGAGAUCUUUGAAGAGGAUGCCUCGGUGCUAAAGUCCGUUUUCUUCACCUUCCAAUUGUACAGAUUUCCUCAGUUUAGGACUGAAAGUGCCACCGGGACUGUAGAUACACUUUCUCUUUUUGCCCACUCCAAAAGCCCGUUGUCCCUGGCCCCAACAUCUGCAUUCAAGUGUGCACGUCUCUCUUUGAGUCUUCUUAGCCUCGCCGAACGCCUCGACGACCUGCCCGACGUUCAGGGGCUCAGAUGUUCUGUGCUCCGCAGAGGCGUCCGAGGCGAUCGGAGCUCGUUCGACGAACACGACGACAAGACUCCCGGUUAUCAGACCACUGGUAAACUUGGAAUACAAACUGUAUUCACUCUAUAA